AUGCACCCCCUAACCACAUGUAUAGCUAUACUAGCCCUCACCAUCUACCUAACCCUAGUCCAACACCUCCGUUACCGACGCAAAACAGCAAUAGAAGCCCCAUUCGCAACCAACAAAAGACCUCUAUCAAGCAUGACCAUCGAAGAAGCACACGCAAUCAUAACCCAACUACAAGAGCUGGAAGUCCCAUAUGCGUUUGCCAAGGCUCGUCGUAUGGCUCUUUUGAAGGCCGGAGGCAUCCCCACCAUGUCGAAGCUAUUCGCCGUGACAGGCCAGAAUAACCGACGAAACGCAGGUAAACGCGCCGUCGACACGGAGAUCCUUCUUCGAGAGUCGCAGUCCCAGCGGAGAGAUUCGGAUCGCUAUGCGACUGCUGUGGCGAGGAUGAACUAUCUUCACGCGCGCUACCGCCGCGCCAACAAAAUCACCGAUGAUGAUCUCCUGCAUACACUCGGCGAUGGACUCGCUGAGAUUCUAAACGUCAUUGAGCGAGAAGAGUGGCGAGGUCUUACGGACGUGGAGAUCUGUGCUCUGGGGAUAUUCCACAAGAAUCUGGGUGAGGAUAUGGGCAUCCCGUUUGAUGUACUUCCGUCGAAGGCGGAGGGGUGGGCAGAUGGGGUGCAGUUUGCAUUGGAGUUGACUCGUUGGACGGUCCAGUAUGAGGAGCGGGUUGCGAGGUUUACGAAGACGAAUGAUCAGUAUGUUCGUGUUUAUGUGGAUUCUGCGCUUCCGCGGUUGGUGAGGCCUGUGGUGAGGCGGAUGUUGGGUGCUGGGUUGGAUGAGGUGAUGAGGUUGAGUUUGGGUCUCGAGUCCCCCGGCUACUUCUUAUCAUUCGUGAUAAAUUUCGUGCAAACCUCACGGAAACUAUUUCUGCGAUAUCUCGCCCUUCCGCGUCCGGCUUUCCGUGCCGUCAAAUUAGUGCAUGAUAUGCCGAAUCAGGAGACGAAUUUGUACAAUUUUGAGAGAAAGGUCCUGCAACCGUGGUAUAUUCGACCUACUGUCUGGUCGAAAUGGGGUCCUGGAGCAUUGCUAGUCAGGUUGUUCGGUGGCAAGGUACCUGGUUCGCGUGGAGACCGGUAUCAACCACAAGGAUACGAUUUGAUGACGAUUGGGCCGGAGCCACAAAGGGGAAGGGGAGUGGAGGAGAUGAGAAGUGAUAUUGAGGUGAUCAAGGCGAGGGGGGUAGCGAUGUGUCCGUUUUCAAAGGCCAAGUUCGAUCACCUUGGUGCAAAUUGA